AUGCACCUAGAGCUUCGCCUGAGAUGUGCUAUAGAGCUGGCGAUAAACGAGGACUACUAUCCUGCGGACGAUGACUUGGUGGAGCGUCUAAAGGCACAGGAGACUCUAAUUCGCGGUUGCCGAUCAGACCAGCAUGGAAAUAUCGAUACUCAAGCCAUCAGAGGCGCAUUUAGAGAGGACGUACGCAACAAGUUCCAUGCAGCUUCAAAGAUGGCAUUUGUGCUCCUUGCUGGGGGUGAGCUCCAUCCCUACUCAGCAGCAGACAAGGUGGAAAUCCCUGUGUUGGGCAGCAAAGAGACCAUAUGGAAGGCAUGGAAGGUAAAGGACCAAAGAACUGACCUUUGGGUACCCGAGAUUGAGUGCCAAAGGACACAUUUUCCAGAGUCACUUGCAGGUCCUACACCAACCCAAACCUCUGAAGCCUUUCCGGGGGCUGCAAUAAAUGCUGUUGCUUCUGGAAAUAACUGUUUCGUGUCAGUGGCUACUGGCAAGUCUCUGGUGUACCAACUACCAGCUUGCCUCUCUAUCGGAUUAACUGUGGUCGUGGUGCCCCUGAAGUCCUUAAUCCAGGACCAAAUCUGUAACUGCCUCCAGUAUGAUAUUCAAGCCGCCUCUCUUCAUGGUGAUAUGAGUCACACACAGAAGCAAGGUGUUUACACAGCCAUCCGUGAUCCUUCAUGCCCAUUUAAGAUCCUAUAUGUUACUCCAGAGAUUUUAGUUAAUGAUCACACUCUCCAAAUGAUCCUGGUGGAGCUGACAUCUAGAGGCCAGCUAGAACUUUUGGUCAUUGACGAGGCAUAUUGUGUAAGUCAAUGGGGCCAUGACUUCCGAGAAAGCUACCUGGGCCUUGGUGCUGUCACAGCCAAGUUCCCCAAUGUGCCAAUGUUAAUGUUGACAGCCACAGCAACAAAGACAACUCAGGAAGAUUUUACAAUAAUUCUGAAAGCUAAAGGUGUGGUAUAUGUGACAGAGGCUGUUAACCGACAUAAUAUCCACUAUGAUGUGUAUGGAAAAUCCAACAAGACUGUUGAUGAAAUUGCUAAUAUUGUGAGCCCACUAGAUUGCUUCUUAGUAUUUUGCACAACAAGAAAAGCAUGUGAGGAACUGUCUCCCCUCCUUGAAGCAAGGGGGUGAAGACGAAAUUUUACCAUGGUGGUCUCUCAAGUUCUCAGAGACGAGCGCCGAGAGCAGUGGCUUGAUGGAACUCUCCAGUGCCUGAUCUCCACGAAUGCCUUUGGAAUGGGCAUAAACAAGCCCAAUAUACGGGUAGUCAUCCACUAUUCGCUGCCUGCAAGUAUAGAGGAUUUUGUCCACGAGAGUUGACGGGCCGGAAGAGAUGGUUUACCAGCAAGAUCUGUCUUGUAUUUUACACCACAGGACAAAGUGUUUCACUUAAAGAAUAUAUCAACACUUAUGAAAGUCAAUAGGGACUAUGCUAAUCAUAGAUUAGCAAGUUUUAACACUAUGGUGUACUAUGCAUUCCAGAAUGCAACAUGCAGGCGCCAGAUUAUAUGCAAUCAUUUUGGAGAAACUGUGGACUGCCAGAAUAUGUGUGACAUUUGCCUUGCAUCGAGGGAGACCAUAGAAGUGGAUGUAACUAUCACAGCAAAAGCAGCUGUCAACAUUGUCCAGCGUUCAUCCAACACAGUGGGGAGGUCAAGGUUUACACUCAAUCACUUUGCCAAAGUACUGACAGGAAAAAAAUAAUCUAGUUUGACCAUGACAAAUUUCCAGAGUAUGGCACCUUGAAGGCAACUACUGAACAAGGUGAAUAUAUUCUUAUGCUUCUUUCCUGCAAAGACAUUCUCUGUGAAAUGCUUCCAGAAGAGAGCUCUAGGAAUCAGAAUGUGGUGUACCUUACUCUAGGCAGCAGAGUGAGUGAUGGAUUUGCAGAAGGUGAUUUGGAGUGAUUUGAAGAGAGUAGUGUGACCCUUUUUCAAUUUUAUUUACUCAAACAAUUGAAACACAGCUGUAUGAGUGCUGUCAAAGUGUAUUGGUCUGCUUUUGUUAAUAGUUACAUCCCACUAUGGGCAUACAGUACCCCCAAUUACUAUCAGGGGAGUGGCUGAAAUAAACAUAGAAAUAAUGUCAAAAUAUUUUUAUUGAUUAUGCUGUCGUUCAUAUGUAGUUACAGUGGCGGAUCUAGGAUUUAAAAAGAGGGGGGGUGAUCUUUUUGACAUAAUUCAUUCCCUGUUUCACCUAGUGCAGAGGCCUGGCUUUCUGUCGGGAACAUUGUCUGGUUCUCGUCCAGUGAAUAGCAUCGCGUUUCAUCGAAUUCGGCUGUAACGAUUUACAACCACUUAUGUUUUUUUCCAAAAAUCCUUUUUUCUACGCCCAACAAGGCGGUGUGACAUAUCACCCCCGUCACCACCCCUGGAACCGCCACUGAAUUGUUUUUUUCAUUAUAUAGUAAUUUUUUCAUUAUAGUAUUAUCAAAGUUCCCCAAUUUUAUUUACCCAAACAGUUGAAACACAGCUGUAUGAGAAGUGCUGUCGAGGUGUAUUGGUCUGCUUUUGUUAAUAAUUACAUCCCACUAUGGUCAUACAGUACCCCCAAUUACUAUCAGGAAAAAAUAAAUAAAAAAUACACAUAAAUGGCUAAAAUACACAUAAAAAUAAUGUCAAAAUAUUUUUAUUGAUUAUACUAUCGUUCAUAGUAAAUGUUUGUUUUCAUUAUAUAGUAAUUUUUCAUUAUAGCAUAAUCAAAGCAAACUAUAUAAUGUGAACCUAUAUUAGAUAUAUUUGCCUCAUUGUACUAUAUAUAAUAAGUAAUUUUCUUACAUUUUAAAACCCGAACUAUGUACAUUGCUUGGGUGCUGUCCUAUGAUUAAAAUUGUACAUGGUAGCGUAUGUGCACUAAAUGCUAACUAAGCAUGACAUAAGGA